AUGAAAGAAACCGAUCCAGCAAAUGGAUCCAAUACAACAAAUCCAACAACAGUAUCGAAAGAUGAAAAAAAAGACGCGGAUACAUUGACACUUGACGAUAUCAAAGAACAAGUUCGGACAAUAGAGAAAGCAGUUAAUUUGAAAGAACCUCGAUACAUUCUCCGUGUUUUACGUGCACUUGCAUCGACACGAAAACGUUUAAAUGAAGACGUUAUUCGUCGGUUGAUUUUAUUUUAUUAUGGUUCGAAUUCCAGUGAACGAGAAAUUCUUCUCGGCUUCGCCCAAUCUGUUUCCCAACCGAUGGAUGUCGACAUGGACAAAAAUAGUAGUUCACCAGCACCCGUUACAAGUGAAAAACCUUCGGUGUCACGUCCUCAAACAUCACGAGCACGCGCUGCUUCGUUACCGGAAGUUGAUCUUUUCAUACACUUAAUUGUUCUUCUCUAUCUAAUCGAUCGAAAUGCAUUGAAAUCGGCGUUAGAUUGUGCCAAACGUUUAGUCGAUAAAACAAGCGUACUUAAUCGUCGAACAUUGGAUUUAUUGUCAGCUAAAUGUUAUUUCUAUUACGCACGCAUCUUCGAAUUGAAUAACAUGCUGGAUUCCAUUCGACCAUUUUUACAUAGCCGAUUACGUACAGCAACAUUACGAAAUGAUUUCGAAGGAACAGCUGUACUAAUUAAUUUAUUAUUACGAAACUACCUUCAUUACAAUCUCUAUAGUCAAGCACAAAAACUUGUUCUCAAAUCAGUCUUUCCCGACCAUGCGUCGAAUAACGAGUGGGCUAGAUAUCUUUAUUAUCUUGGUCGUAUACGUGCUAUGCAAUUGGAAUAUACUAAAGCUCAUCAACACUUGCUAACGGCUAUUCGAAAAGCACCACAACAAACAGCAGUUGGCUUUCGACAGAACGCUCAUAAGUUUCUGAUCACUGUUGAAUUGCUACUUGGUGACAUUCCAGAUAAAGCAACAUUCAACAAUUCUCAGCUCAAACGUUCAUUAGACCCAUAUUAUCAAUUGACAUUGGCUGUUCGUGCUGGUGACUUAAGUCGAUUCAAAGAAGUCCUUGAGGCAUUCUCUGAUCGAUUCCAACAAGAGAAAACUUGGUCGUUGAUCAUUCGGUUACGACAUAAUGUCAUCAAAACUGGUAUUAAAAUGAUUAGUUUAUCUUAUGCGAAAAUAUCAUUUUCUGAUGUCGCUCAAAAGCUCCAACUUGAUUCACCUGAAGAUGCUGAGUAUAUCGUUGCAAAAGCUAUUCGUGAUGGUGUUAUAGAAGCGAGUAUAAAUCAUGAACAAGGCUACGUACAAUCACGGGAAAUCAUUGAUGUCUAUACAACACGUGAGCCAAUGAAUGCAUUCCAUCAACGUAUCGAAUUUUGUCUCAAAGUUCAUAAUGAAGCAGUUAAAGCUAUGCGUUAUCCACCAAAGAAAUACAACGAAGAUUUGGAAACUGCUCAAGAACGGCGAGAACGUGAGCAAGAAGAAUUGGAAUAUGCCAAAGAAAUGGCUGAUGAUGAAGAUGAUUUUUAG